AUGGUCAUGCGCAUGACGAGUUGGGAAGAGUGGUGGAGUUGGCACGCUGCGCUGUGGGAGUAUAAGGAAGAUGCGCUCAAAAGCAUAGAAAAAUGCGUAGAGACGGAGUGGCGCAGCAUGGAGAAACAUCUAAAGAAGAGCUACACAGAGACGGUGCUGAGGGCUCACCCGCGCUACCGCUUCCCAGCCUUCCAGGGAGGGAGCAAAGAUAGAAGCCACGGCGCGGCCCAUAGACGACAAAGCCAGAGCGGCCAGAGCACCCACGAUGGGUGCAGGCACACGACCUACAAUAGCCACCAGCGCAACGCGGCAGUCCGCGCACAUGGUGGGGCCUUGUCGCCACCGCCGCCGGCGGUGUCGCGGGAAGCAGGGGCGCACCAAGACGAUGACGUGCUUGCUGUGGCGGGGACCACGUCAGGCAGCACCGCACAGUUGUCGCGGCACUACACUAUCGCGAAGGCCGAGCCGCUCGUAUUGAACUUCGUCAUGGAAAAUACCGUCGGCUGCUCGAUUGAGGCGACAGAGUUGACGCUGCUCUACCUUGACUACGCGUCACCCGAGCAGCUGUGGAAAAGCUCGAUGACACAGGCGGUGCGCCUGGAGGCCGGCGCGCGCCAGCGUGUCUCCCUCCCUUUCGAUCUUGUGUCGGAGGGCGAGUACGCCAUCAUUGGCCUGUCCUGGUCUUUGCUGGGUCAGGAAGGGUACUACUACUUUGCCACGCGGGAAAGCCGGCCUGGAUGCCCGGAGAGCCUGUACGAGUACGCGAUCGAGCACCCAAUGCCCUCGCUCGAUGCCCCGGAGAACAUUCAAGUGAGCGUGACGUCAUCGAAGGCGUGUGUCACUGCCACCUUCCGACCCCCGCUUCCCGAACACCUGUACGACGGUGAGUAUUUUCACACCAACCUCAUCGUGCAGAACACCAGCGCGCAGCAGGAUGCGGCGCAUGUGGUUCUGCAACGCAGCCCCGUGGCAUCACAUCUCAUGUACAUCGAGGAAUUUGGCCGGCUGCAGAACCUCAAGCGAGAGGCCCCGUUGGUGCUGGCGGAGCACCUGAAGGCGCAAGAGACUCGCACUUUCGCCGUCACCAUACGCCCGCAACAUCGUCGCGGCGAUACGGCGCGGCAGAACACCCCAAAUUACUUUUUUCUCCUUCUCGCCUACCUUCCCGAGCCCCUGUCGGUGCCAGAGAUGUCGCUUCCUGGCUCCGCGAGCGUCCCGGGGGUUGAAACGCCCAGUAUUACCCCGCCGACAGGGUCACUAUCGUCGACAGCGAUGCUGUCGCCCACUUCACCGUUGCACCGGCAGUUCCACACCCCGACCGCUCCUGUUGUUGCCCUCAGUGCUGCGAGUGGGCCGACCAUCAUGGUACGCCUACAUCGGUUGCUGCGCCGGUGCGAAGUCCAGCCAGUAGUGGCAAUGCACUCGACAGUGCUUCCGCCAGCCAACGCAUCACUGCAAACAGCUGUGGUGCUGACAGUAAAGAACAUUAGCCCGACCGCGGAACGUACCCCUAUUUCCGCUACUCUCGUGACCGCAAUCAUUUCCAAGGGCGGCGAGCCUACCUCCAUCACGCCGACGAGCGCCACUGAUGUCGUGCAGGCGGUGCCAGUAUCAAGCAGCGGAAACCCACCAUCGCCGCGGCACACCCACUCCAGAGGCCUCUCGUACGCGCCAGUGCGUAUUGCUCGUGUGCUGGUCGUGCACAGCCCGCGCUGGGGUGUGGAGUGCAAGGGCACCGAGGAGCUGUUUGCAGACCGCGCCAUGCACUGUCUGCUCUCUCACGGAGACUCACUGACACUACCUCUGCUGGUAAAGCGACAGCCGCGCGCCGCAGGGGAGGAAAACACGACGGAGCGGCGCAUACUCCUGAGCGACGCCGCCGCCGCCACCACCACCACCAGCACCGGGGUGCAGUGCCCGUACAGCGACACGACGUGCAUGGCGCUGGAAAGCGCAUUUCCGUCGCAAGAAGGGGCAAAGGCCGUUUCGAAUCACCUCGGCACGUCCAUAUCCCAGUCGGAGCGCAAUCUUUUCUUUCUCCAGACCUCGUGCCUCGGACCGGGCCGCGUCGGCGCACGCCCGUCCACGGCCGAGGCCGGCGGCGGCUUGGCAUUCUACGCCGACAAGGCUGGGCAACAGGAAGCACCGAAGACCGCAAAGCAGCGCCAAUGCGACGAGGUGGACGAGGAGAGGCGUCUCUGCGGGGGAGCGAUAGAGCAGUACACCCCACUUGCCAUCGCCGUGGCGUGGGUGCGCGAAGAGGACGGCAGCGUCGACGGCCGCGAGAGGCAUAAUGGUGGUGGUGGUGGUGGUGGUCUGGGACUGCGAGAAGGCCAAGCGUUUCUCUUUGUGGACCCCAUCGAGCACGUGUACCAGACACUGGCGCAGCAGCAGCGGCGGCAGGCGGAGCAGGAGUCAGCAGCGUCGCUUGAUCCCGCCCUCAGUGCCGUCAGGGCUGGAGUGUCAGUCGAGCAAACCCAGCAGGAGCUCUGUGAGGCGAUGUUGGUGCGCUACGCCAGCCUCAAGCCCUGGCAGGGAGCCUUGGUGUCGCACGUCCACGUACCGCGAGUCGUGCAAAUCUCGAAGGGUCAAGGCUCGAACAAGACUGUUGCUGCCCCAGUGCCGGUGACGCUGCGCUGCCUAUCGCUGGCGCCGGUGCCGCUGCUCGUGACUGCCGAGGCGCUGCCGCCCUCAGUGCCGCACCGCUCUCUGUCCUAUCCGGAGAGCGUUCGCGAUGGAGGUACGAGGGGCAACCAGCCCGCCAGCCCUGCCACGCCACCACCACUCUUUCAUCCGGCAGCAGCAACAGUAAGCAGCUCCGAUGUGCCGGUACUGUUUGUGGGCAAGACGAUGCACACAUUCUUGCUAAUGCCGAGCGACGAGUACGAGGUGAAGUUUACAGCGCUCGCGUUGCGUCCUGGAGUGGUGGACCUUCAGGGCAUCUCUCUCAGUGCGACCCCCAUCUGCUAUCUGCACAGCACCACUGGGAAAAAAGCGGACGACGACGGCGGCGCUGACGAGGUGCGAGGCACGGUAGGUCCACCGCCGCCGCCUCAGGGCGGUAACACUGCCACCACUGUGCAGCCGCUCAUGUUCACAGGUAUGACACUUCCGUCUCUCAUUCGCGCCUUGCUGAGUCGCAAGACGCCGUCUGCAGAGCCCAGAACUACGGCACACGUGUUGCCCUCAGGCCAGCAGCUAUCUGAGCACGAGCGCUCUGACGACGAAGCAGUCGAGUGCAGCAGCGCGGAACGGUGCGGACGCCAGCGACGCCUGCAGGGGCAUCUGGCGGCUGCAGCGCAUAGAAGUGUGAUGACGCUGAUCGAGCGCCACGGCACCCGGGCAGCGGAGCUGGUGCAUCAGCUCGCCCCUCUGGGCCCUGCCGGCGGCCCCACGGUCAGCCAGGUGAUGCCGCGCACCGCGCCCGCCCUCACGCGCGUCAUUGUGGUCGAUGUCCAAGCCGCUACACAGCCCGAUGUAGGGGUUAGUGCUGGUGCGACGGUGCAGAAAGCGGCACCUGCUGCUGCCCCUGAUGCGACCGUGAGCGACUCUUCCACCGCGGCGGCUACGGCGACGCACACUCAUGACCCCAUCCGCAAAUUCUUCCGCCAGCUAGAGAACUUCGAGACGGAACUCCAGAGAGCGAGACUCAGCAACCCGUCCGACCCUUAUGCGUUGCAGUACGUUUACCGCCCCACCGUCAAGAUGGCGGAAGAAGGCACCUCUAGGGCGGCCUACUACACGUCCAACCGCUCCUUUACCACAUCCAUGUCAACCACCAGCGCCGCAGCCCCUUUGAUCAGCUCCUCCUGGAGCACGUUACUGAUGCCAGCGGCAGCGCUGUCACCUGCAACAGACAACUCUGUGACGACGAGCGGCGGAGGGGUCGCGGAGCCUGGCAGUGUUGGCGACUCCCGGGCGACCGAUCGGGUCUCGGCAAUGUCGCGAAAGGCGUGCAGCGUCGCGCGGCCGGUGCUUACGACCUCCUUCAGCGCACGGGAAAGCUCGUUCUCGGCUCCAUCACCCACGCAACAGCCCUGUGACGAUCCCCUGGAGCCGAGCAGCCCUCUGCACCUCCCCGCAGUAGCGUUCGAGCGCCGUGCAACGGAGGUCGCCCUCACCCUCGAUAUUGGCGAGGUGGUCAGUGACAAGUACACAGCAGAGCCUGCGACGUGUGAGGACUCAGACUCUCCCUGCGUAGCCGGCAUCAAGAUGCAGGUUGACCUCAUGUCUCCGCUGCAGCAACUGCACUCGAACAAUGUUGACUUAGCGGGUGCCGCUGGCAUGAGUGACGACACCGAAGUGCUGAUGAGCGCAGCUGGUGUCGACGAUCCGGAGGCGUGGGCUUCUCCGGCAGAGAGAGACGCGCCUGCGACACUAAGGCACUCCCAGGGAUCAGAACACUCCAGUUUAGAGGCCUCGGUAUACAACCCGCUAUCGCAGCCCUCCGCUGCUGGUACUGCAGCGGCUUCCCCUCCUAGCUUUACCUCUGGCGUUGUUGGAGGCAUUCCCCCACCCUCCCCGUCGUCUUCGUCCCCCACGUCAUCGGGAGCAGCGGAAGCAUCAGCAACGACGCCACCAACAUGA